AACGCCUUCUUUCUGGUCGUGCUCCUAUACACGAGAUGGUUGACUUUGAAGAUGGACAAGGAGCCCCCAAGGGGGAGGUGGAGGCCCCUGAACUGCCAGAGAUCAAGCUCUUUGGCAAAUGGUCCCUGGAUGAGGUGCAGCUCAGCGACAUGUCCCUCCAGGAUUACAUUGCUGUGAAGAAGUACUAUGCCAAGUACUUGCCCCACUCUGCUGGCCGUUAUGCUGCCAAGCGUUUCCGCAAGGCUCAGUGCCCCAUUGUGGAACGUCUGACCAACUCCCUCAUGAUGCACGGUCGCAACAACGGCAAGAAGCUCAUGGCUGUCCGCAUUGUCAAGCACUCCUUCGAGAUCAUCCACCUCCUCACUGGAGAGGUAAGCAGUGUUUCACAGCCAGGAUGA